AAACAUUAGCUUUAACUGACGUGACUGCACAGUGAGGAAGGAAAAGGGGUUUGCUGCAGUGCAACAGUGAGUUGCUUAAAAAGAAAUCACAAAACUAAAGCAAAAUGGAUGCCAAAGUUACUGCUAUUAUCCUUGUUCUGUUUGUGCUCCACCUGUCAUCCAUAAAAGGUACAGUUAACGGACAGGAGCCAGUGGAUCUUCGUUGCCGUUGCAUCAAGUAUACCUCUGGAUUCCGCGUCCGAAGUCGUAUUAAGGAAAUUGAGAUUAUACCAAGUGGUCCUUAUUGCCCAAAAGUAGAAGUAAUAGCCAUGCUCAAGUCUAACCAGAAAGUUUGUCUGAACCCUGAAGUCUAUUGGGUGACCAGUAAAAGUGCUUCAUCGUGGCACCGAUCAGCAAAUCUCCCUCGCUUGCCCCCUACUCAAGGACUGGAAGUUCACAGCCUUCGCCUUUAGCACAUCUUUGCUUCUGUCCUCAUCAGCGAAAGGAAUACUGGAUUGAUUCAUUUUCAGCUGAAGUCCAUUGAACAGUAUAAUCACAUUCAUAACUGAGUGGUGCCUUCAUUUAUGCCUAAUUAAACUCAGCAUAGUAGUAGUUUGAUUAUGAGCAAGCAGUAGAUUGGUUGUAGCAUUUCCAAUCAGUUAACCAAGAUAAAAGAACCAUCGGAAUUUAUGGUUCAGAAGGAAUCUGCGGAAACAGCAUUCCAGCCCAGUUGCACUUUCCAGAUUUUGGUCCGGAUUACGACAGUUUGCAAGCACAUCAAAGUACAUUAUGAAUGCAAAGAGGGGUUCUGAAUCUAACCCCACCCCUCAUCUCAAACCUGGUUAAUUGCCUUCCUAUCUACUUGUAAUUUUACACACCUCAGAUAAAUCUCCCUUAUUUCCCCUAACUUCCAAAGAAACCAAUAGUGAGCCAGACCAGUCUUUCCUCAUAGCUAAAAUUCUUCAUUCCUGGCGUUUAUGUAAGUCUCCUCAGCAAAUACCUUUCUGUUAGAUGUGACCAGAAUUAUGGGCAGCAUUCCAGAUGUGGACCAACUUUUACGCAGUUUCAGUACCACUUCCCAGUUCUCACAUCCUAUGUCCUUUUACUAAAAGGAGGUAACCUGCAAGCACAUCUUUGGGAUAUGGGGGGGAACCUGGAGCACUUAGUGGAAACCUAGGGAGAAAGUGAAAACUCCACACAGACAGCUCAGGGUGUGCCCUGGGAAUGAUAGCACUAAUGGUGCCAGCACUAAAAGGGGGCACUAUAGCAUUAUAGAGGGAUGCACUACUGAGCAUAAUGCUGUGCCAGAGAUCUGGUUGACUGCCCAGCCCUUGCUGGCAUUUCCUGCUGCAGUGAACUGGUUAAAGUGACCUGAUAACCCUAUGGCCCAGUGUGGAUUGAGCCCCAGAGGCAACAGCUGCCUGUGAGGGCUGGGGCACAUGGUACAUCUGCUCAGGUGUGGAGCUCGGGGCUAAACCCUGGCUGUCACUGUGAGUGUGGGCCAUUGCACGUGCUCCAUGUACUGACGUAGCACCUGGAUUCCAUGGUCUCUCUCAUCACCUUCUGCUGGAUGGUGAUGAACUUUGUCACAUUCCCUUCUCUUUAUUUGGCUGCACAGUUCUCCCCACCCUAGAGAUUUCUCUGUGGCUCAGUGGCCAGUGACCGCCAUUGCACUUGGUACCGUGGAGAAAUCUCUGGGCUGUGCGGCCAAACAACAAGAGAAGCAGCAUCCAUCACAUCCAACAGGACUGUGGUGGCCAGUGUGUAGAUCUGCACCCCACAUCUCAGCACUGAGUCACCACAUCACUCACCUCACCCUGCCCAACGUCAGCCCACACAGGCCUCUACCUACUGCCUCCAUGGUUGACUCCACACUCAGCCAAGUGGUGAUGAGAUCACAAUUUCAUUGUUGCAGGAGUACCAGCAGAGGGCAGAGGAUCACAGCAGGUUCUCAGCACAGUAGGUUAAAGAACAGUGGGGUAGUUCCCUGUGAGUGUUCAGACCCCAGGACCAAGUGCGCUAUGAAGAAUCAGCACUCUCACUAUCAGUACAAUCAGUAGUAAGCCAGUACCGGUGAAUGACAGCUAUCUUCUGAACCAUCUCAUCUACAUGUCCUGUUCCCCACCUCCUUCCCUUUAUUCCAUGGUCCACUGCCCUCUCCUACCGGACUCCCUUCUUCUUCAGCCCUUUGCCUCUUCUACCUAUUCAGCUUCUUACAUCUCCCCCCUCCCCCACCCACCUACCUUCCCCCUCUCACCUGGACUCACCUAUCACCUGCCAGCUUGUGCUCAUUCCCCUUUCCCGGCCUUCUUAUUCUGGCUCCUGCCCUCUUCCUUUCCAGUCCUGAUGAAGGGUCUCGACUUGAAAUGUUGACUGUUUGUUUCCCUCCGUAGAUGCUGCCUGACCUGGUGAGUUCCUCCAGCAUUUUGUGUGUGUUGCUCCAGGUUCCAGCAUCUGCAGAAUCUAUUGUGUCUCUGCUACCUUCAGAGAUGUGCGGACGUGCAUUCUAAUGAACCUCUGCUCCUCUUUACUCCUCAGUAUUCUAGCCUUUGCUUUUUCUGCCCUCUCCAAGUACCUUACCUCACACCUCUUCAUACUGAAUACCAGUUGUCACCAGUCCAUUAAUAACUUCCUGCCAUCCACAAAUUUCUUUCUGUCAACAACACUGGUAACUUUGGACCACUUGGAAGCUUGUUAAUCAUGCCCACUAUGAUUGCCCAAUAUAUUAACAUACACCAGAAAAAAACAAGGGAAUCUGUACCGAGCCUGCACAAUUUUACUGGAAAUAGUGAACACAAUUCAAUCAUUAACACACUCAUUGAUUGUUGUGCAUUGCUUCCAUUCACUGGGUCAAUUUUGGAUCCAACUGUACUUUCUUAUAGAACACAUGGGCCUUUAUUUUCCUGACCAGUUUUCAAUCUAGUACCUUAUUAAGGGCUUUGCUAAAAUAUCAAAUUCACUUUUUUCAUCAGUCUUCCUUGUUACCUCCUCAAAUUUAAUCACAUUAAAGACAACCUUUUUUGAACAAAUCCAUAUUUACUUGCUAUGGAUGAAAAGCCACUCAGAGACUGGAGCUGUAGAGGUAGCAGGCCUUUGUUCAAUACAAGUGAACACACAGGGGAGAUCAGGUUAAACAGUCUCCGCAAGACUCAAAUCCAUCGAGUUUUAUACUCUUUUGAUACAAUAACAAUACAUGACUCAUGAUUGACAGCCAUCAAAUGUGACCAUGACAAUGUCUGGUGUGUCUAAGUGGCAAAGUAGUCAGUCUAGAACCUCCCAUGGUCCAUGCAUGAGUUGGAAACAUGGGCCCAGUUCAUUUAUUGUUUCCCCCUAUUUGUGCUUCAAUGGUGCAAAAUACCUUAACUCCAAGAUAUCUAGCUCUAAUGCCUGUUUCAAUGGUGCCAAAUACCUUUGCUCUUAUAUGUCUGGUGUUCAAGUGCCUGACCUGUUCAUCUAUGGUUUCUCUGUACUGAUGGUUGUUCUCAGCCACCUGGUGCAUUUCACACUGUUCUAUUGUAACUUGAUCAACUUUAUUCCAAUCCCACCAGUGGCUCACUUUGUUCCACUGUACGUUUGGUAACCCAUACCAGAACGCCUCAUAGUCAUGUGGCUCUUGCUCUGUCCCAUUAUUGAACAAAUAUGAACAGGCAUAGCUCGAGGAACCAACCAUCUUGUAAUUACAGUGGUCAGUUUCCAAAUCACUUGUGUUGAAUGGCUUCCUAUUGUAAGCUAUCAGCUCCUCUUUCUCUUAGGGCACGGUCUUCGUUUAUAGAGCUGCACCUUUAUAUUUCAAAGCUGAUUACUGAUAGUUAUUUACAUCCUGAAGUAGUUUGAAGGCUGGUUCUUUCAUAUAUCAAUGCUUCCAAUAUUAACUAUAUAUCCCCGACUAUAGCUCACUGCUCCCUAUCCCGAUCAUAACUGUACUUGAUUAAUCUGUGCAUUUGUAAUGUCUGUACUUUCUAAAUGCUAAAUAAUUACAUGCUUCGCUUGUACAGCAGAAAACAUUUGCUAAUUUGCAAAAAAAUGAUUUAUACAUUUUUGAAAUAUUCCUAUCAACUAUUUUAUUGUGUUUUUAAAUGUUUAUUAUUGGUCUCUUUGCAUAUCUGGUAUCUAGUUCUUAAGUUCCGAUAGCUUUAUACCAUCAAUAAAAUGAUUGCA